AUGAGUGGCGAAGAUUUACAAAGUAGAUGUAAGCAAAGCUUUAAAGGCAUCGAAAACUUCCUUCGCAGAGUAGCCUUUAAUUUAGGAAAUACGCCGUCACAAACAGAAGUCAAAAUAAUAUCUUGUAUACCCAUAGACGUCAGUGAUCUCCAACAGAAGAUUGUUAAAUUGGAGAAAGAAUUAGAAGAAGCGAAAUCCACGCCGAAAGAAGAGCUGUCUCCCACUAACGUCAAUGUAUGCCAACCCAUACCCAACUUCUGUAACUCAAUUGACUGGUGCAAAUUCAACCAUUUCACUGCACGCUGUAAUUGCUUACCAGAAACAAACCCAAAAGAAUCUAUAAGCGUUGCGUGCACUGCUAUGACAAUGGCUAACCAAAACUGUUCUUAUCAGCCCACUGAUAACAGUAACUUGCUUGACCAAAAUGAUCACAAGUGUAAAGUUCAAAAUAAACGGAAUAUAUUUAAAAAAGCGAAGAGGAAAAAAGAAACAAAGAACGACAAUUUAAAACCACAGCUGAUAUAUUACGCACAAACCGUAGAUUCGCCCUUCAAAAGUUAUGAUUUUAAGGUCAAAUCGACAACUAGAACUAGGCAUAAGAGAAAAGUAAAAAAAAUGCGCGAUAUUAGUGAAUCAUACUUUGUCGACAUGAUGCGCAGGCAAUACCAGUCACAGCCCGUAUUAGACAAAUUCUCGGAUACUAGCCAAUUUACAACUCCAAUAUGUAAAGACAUUGAUCAAACCAUCACAAAUCCCUAUCGAAAUGAGUCUGACGUAUGCUCAUGCUGUCAUGGAGAAUUCCACAAUGUAGACCAUCAUGAAAAUAAACCUACAGAACUAGAAGUCAAUUCCAAUAAUAUUAUAAACAUUGACAACAACAAUAAAUGUAAUUAUUACGAUUCUAAUCUGUACGAUGUAAUCCCAGUCAAAGAGAAGAGCGCAACAGAAGAAAUUUCCAAAAUUAAACAUAGAAAAAGAGAUAUACCUAGUAAGCUUCAUUCAGGAGACUACGGAAUUGCUCAUUUAAAAACUAAACCACGUCCCUUUAUUGUCAAUUUUUAUACUUCCCCUCAAACAAAAUUUAAUCAUCUAAAGAAAAUUUUGAUUUCAAUCCCCGGUAAAAAAGAUAAAAUCAAAAGGACAAUGUCUAAACGUAAUAAAGAAGCAAAAGUAGUAAAUGAACAAAAAGAUAUGGAUACGUCUAAAAGCUGUUGCGUCGACUGUAGCGAUGUUUAUGUAAAACAAUUUGAUAAAAUAAAAGCUUCAAAAAAACAGAUGUCGACUAAACUUUUGCUCACAUAUAAAAAUGCAGAAUGCCUAACAGUUAAUGUUAAGGACUCCAAAUGUCAAACGACUACAACACAUAGUGUGCAAAUGGAUUCUACUUUACAAGAUGAUAAAACUGAAGAAACAUUGAAUCAGAUAAAGACAAUACUACAAUCAGUAUUAACAGAAGUAAAAACAAAUGCUCAGUUUAAAAACUUGCCGGUAGAAAAGAACAAGAAGGAUGCAAUUAUACAAAAGGGAACAUCCUACGACAUUGUAGAGGGUGGAUCGAGUUUGCUGCACAGUUUCACGUACAGUCCCUAUAAUACGAAUCCUUACAAUAUCGUCAGCCCACUUCACAUGAAUUCCAAUCAAUUCCACUGUUGCGGGUUGCCAUGUUCCUCGGCCAAAUGUAUGCAAAACUUUCCAGUUCUCAUUCAGACACCAGGACGUCAUAUGUAUGCAAGUUGUUACAGAAACAGCUCACAUAUCAAUAAACCGAUGACCAUCAAACAAGCCGCCACCAUAUCCACUAACACGGAAACCAUUAGAGAUGCACGUAGUAAGGAAACCGAUAAAUUGAUCAAAGACAUCUAUAGGUCAAUAGCUCUAAACAUAGAUAUUCCAGCAAAAGAUACAUCUAGAAGUGAAUAUGAGGGACUAAUAUCGAAUAAACAUGAUUCCGAUAUGAAGUCGACCUGUAAAGUUAAAACGUCUGGUCAGGCUAUAAAUACGACUCCAAAGAUUGGUUCAAAAAGAGAUACACAAACACAUUCUCCUUUUACUUCAAACAUAUUUAACAGUAAGUUGAAAUCUAGCGUACAAUCUCAUAUGGUUAGCACAACUGAUACAGAUUAUCGCCUGAGCAAUAAAAGAAAUGAACAAUACCCUACAAACAAAAGUACUCAACGGUCAGCAGACAGUAUGAUAGAAGAAGAAAUAGAGGAUAAAGCCAGCGAUUAUACAAUAUAUAGCAAUGAAGGCACACAAAAUUCUAGCGAGGAGACAGACAGUGAGAACACUUACAUACCUCCUGAAGAAACAACAAAGAAAAAGGAGAAGAGGAAUCUAUUUAGCAAAAUGUUCAAAUCAGUGAAACUCUUCAAGAACAAAAACAAGAAAGAGAAAGCCUUACAAAAUGUCAAUGAACCUCGAGAAGAAUCAGAUGCGAACGACUCUGAUGAAUACGAAACAGUUUACAGUUAUAAAAACGAGAGACUAAGACCUUUAUCGAAUCAAUUACAUAGAAAAGCUCCUUCGAAGAUAUCGUAUUCUAGGCAAAUGAGAGACCGAAAUCAAGAGAAAUCGAGAAGAUCGCCAUGUAUGGAGCAGGAGUACAGACGGCAAUGGAAUGAGAGACUCGUGUUCCAAGAGCAGCAACACAAGUACUCUUCUGAACGAAUAUAUCCAAAGGAAAUCAGUCGAUACAAACAACCAAAGUACUGGCAAAAUUUCGAGGCAAGGACCGCUUUGAUGGACCAAAAUAUUUCUCCACACCGUCAAACUUGUACCAAAGAUUAGGAUACUAUUAUACUAAAACAAACUACUCCAAAAGCAGACGCAGUUACAACGAAAGAACUAACAUGGUUGAAAAAACAUAAACUCAGAGUACAAUGUGGGGAACAAUGGAAAAAGUUAAUAUUAGAAGGUUGAGUAUGCACCAAAUGUAUUCAAGAUUUAAGAUUCAAGAUUUAU